AUGUCGUCGCCAAGCCCCAUCCCACCCCCGAACGACCGCCGGUCUUCACGCUCGUCGCGCUCGUCUAGCAACGCUAACUGGACUGGCUGGGCCGAAGAGCAGCAUGGUGGAAUGCCCGUCGGCGGCCCUCCCAGCAGCCCCUCGCCCUUGGCCGUCCGCGUCUCAAACUCACCCUCAACGAAGCGCCGUCACAGCCGAAUCGUCAAAGUACCCCCCGAGUUCGCCAACCUCGAAUACGUCUCCACGCCCGACAGCAACCUCACCUGCCUCAUCUGCCACGCCCCCUUCGAUAAGCCCGUCCAGCUCUCCUGCGACCACUACUUCUGCCGCGAGUGUCUCGAUCACGCAUGGGCGCCACAGCAUAAGAGGACCUGUCCCACGUGCCGGCAUGCUGUUGAAAGCGACAGUGACAUUCGCCCGGUGCCUAAGAUUAUCGAGACGAUGCUGGAUGAGCUGGUCGUCAAGUGCCCGAACACCAAGGCUGGCUGCAGCUGGGUCGCCCAACGCGUCAACGUCAACGACCACGUCAUGCUGUACUGCGAGUACACGCCUGUCGAAUGCUCUGCUGCGGACUGUCGCUUGCAGAUAUCACAGAAAGACUUCCACAAGGGCUGCUUGCAUUACACCGUCAGCUGCGAGGACUGUCACGCUUCGCUUCUCAAGAAGGACCUCGAGGAGCACCAGCGGAGCCUCUGUGCUAAUCGCUUGACUACCUGCACGCUAUGUUCGGCUGAGAUACUGCGGCUGGACCUCAAGCCUCACAUCAACAACGACUGCCCGAAACAUGUCAUAUCAUGCCAGGGCACCAUCGUCGGAUGCAAGUUCCAAGCCGAGCGUGCCGACGUCGUACUCCACGAACCAACCUGCGCAAUGGCAACCAUGGCGCCCCACUUCCGCGAACAGCAAGCCCGCAUCGAAAGAAACGAGGCGCGAAUGGAGCCCCUGACUAGGAAAGUCGGCAUCCUCGAAGACGGUCUCACCAACAUCACAAACUACCUGUAUCCAGCCAACGGAAACGACGCCUCCUUCCCUGUUACCGAUCCCCUGGACCCCAACGACACCGACCCUCAAGCACCGACUCCAGACUUCCGCCUCCCACCCGCUUCAUUUCCACCCGUCCCACCAGGCGGAAACGACAGCAACAACUCCGCCCAACCUCCUUUCGACUCCCAAGUCCACCACCUCCUCACGCUGCACGACUCCCUCCGCGAAGAAGUAUCCCGUAUCUCCAACGCGCUCACCGACCUCGACGGCCGCACCAACAUGAUGAUCAUCAACGAGAGCCAGCGCUCCAAAGACGAAAUGCUGCACGUCAACGCCGCAAUCAGCAACAUGCGCAUGCACCUGCAAUGGGUGGUCAGUGCGACACUCCAACAGCGCUCCAACGCUACCGCCACUUCCAGAACACCAGGUACCGCAGGCGCAGGCGCAAGUGCGAGCGCCGGGAGUAACGCUACACGUGCGGGAAGUGCUAGGCCGGGUCCUAGUGCUACGAUGCAAGGGCCCUUCCGUAGGUUGAGCGACUCUAAUAGGCAGGAUACUAAGCUGUAG